AUGAUGCCAUACCAAAAAUAUCCAUCAAUUUAUAAACAAUAUUCUCAAGAACAAGUGCCUCAAGUGCCUCAAACUCCAUUUGAUAUGGCUUAUGGUUCAUCACUUUUACCUCGUCAAUUAUUAGUAGGUUCUCCAUUUAUUCAAGUUCAAUCUCCUUUACCUUCACCUCAUCAUACUUCAUUUAGAAAUCAUGGUUCAAAUAUGCAAAAUCAAAAUCAAACUUCAUAUUUUAUGGCUUCACCAAUUUCUGCUCCAAAAUUAAAUUUCCCACCUGAAAGUGCAAGAAGAAGAGGUUUAAAUUAUCAUGCUACUUUACAAAGACAUAAUUCAUCUUAUAAUAUUCAUAAUUUGAAAAAUAAUAAUAGUAAUAAAUCUUCUUCAAAUAAUACAACUUCAAGUUCAAAUGGUUUAGAUGAUACUCCAUCAAAACCUAAAUUUAAAUCUUCAAGUUCUUCAAGUUCUUCAUUAAAUGAAUCAACUUUUGAUCAUCCACCAAUUUUACAAGAUCAACAUAUUUAUUCAGGUGAAAGUGGUGCAAUUUCAAGUAAUUCUUCAUUAUAUAACUUAUCAUCUCAACAAACUUUAACAAAAAUUUCUUCAAAUUUUCAAAUUUCAAAAAAUCCAACAAGAUCAAUAAUUUUAUUAAAUAUUAAUCAAGAUUUAUCAAUAACUGAAUUUUUAAAUUCAAUAACAUUUGGUCCAAUUGAAAAUGUUCGAAUUGUGGAAAAUUAUCCAGAUGAAGAUCAUCAAUCAAUUGUUUUAGCUUUUUUAAAAAUUGAAACUUGUUUGAAUUUUUAUAAUACAAUUUUAACUUAUUUAUCAAAAUUUAAAUCAUCAAUAAAUUCACCAGAUUUAUCAAUAAAUUUCAUAGCAACUAAAAAAUUAUUACCAUUUAUUUCAAAUGCUAUAAAUAAUGAUGGUGCAACAAGAAAUGUUUAUAUUGGUAAUUUAAAAUCUUUAAAUAAAGAAAUUAAUGAAGAAUUUUUAUAUAAUGAAUUUUCAAGUUUUGGACUAAUUGAUAAAAUUGAUUUAAUAACGAAAAAAUUUAAUUCAAAUGAAGAAAUUACUGAUACUGAUGAAACUCCAAAAAUUGAUAAAGAUGAAGAAAACGAUAAAGAAAAUGACAAAGAUGAAAUUGAAUCAAAAUCAAAAGAUCAAGAUCAAUUUGCAUUUAUCCAUUUUACAAAUAUUUCAUCAGCUAUAAAAGCUGUUGAACAAUUAUCAUUAUCACCAAUUUGGUCAAAUACUAAAAUUUUUUAUGGAACUGAUAGAUGUUCAAUUAAUAAUAAUAGUCUUGUUUUAAGAUCAAUAACUGAUGAACAAGAUGAAAUCAUAAGUCAAAUUUCUGAAGAAAAUGAAGAUGAAUUAUUACAAGAAGAUGAAGUUUUCUUUGAAAAUUAUCAACAACAACAACAACAACAACAACAACAACAACGUCCAAGAUUAAGUCAUACAUAUUCACAUAAUGAUAUUUUCAUUCCUCAACAAUUUGUUAAUGAUGAAUAUGUUUCAAGUGCAUUAAAUCAAAAAAAUAUAACUGCACGAGCAGUUGCUACUAAUGCUGGUGGUGUUAAUAAUGCAGGAAAUAGAACUGUUCAUUUAGGUAAUUUAGAUCCAAAAACUAAACCUGAAGAUAUUUGUAAUGUUGUUAGAGGUGGUGUUUUACAACAAAUUAAACAUUUCCCAAAUAAAAAAAUUUGCUUUUUAACAUUUAUUGAACCUGUUGCAGCUGCUCAAUUUUAUGCAAAUGCAAAUAUUGAUGGAGUUACUUUACAUGGAAGAAAAUUAAAAAUUGGUUGGGGUAAUCCUUCUGGUCCUUUACCAAAUUCUAUUGCAUUAGCUGUUACAGUUGGUGCUUCAAGAAAUGUUUAUAUUGGUAUUAAAGAUGAAGAUUUAGAUGAUGAAAGUUUAAAAUUACCAAAUGAAGAAAUUUUAAGAGAAGAUUUUAGUAAAUUUGGUGAAAUUGAACAAAUUAAUUUUUUUAAAAAUGAUCGUUGUGUAUUUUUAAAUUUUUUAAAUAUUGCAAAUGCUAUUAAAGUUGUUGAUGAUGCUAAUGGAUCUUCAUCUGAAAAAUUUCAUGAAUAUUUUGAUAAUAAAUAUAGAAAUUUGAAAAUAAGUUUUGGUAAAGAUAGAUGUGGUAAUCCACCAAAAGCUAAAAAAUCUAAAAAGAAGAAGAAUAAAAAUAAUAAUAACAAUAUUAAUAAAUCAAAUAAUGAAAAUCAACAACAACAAAAGGAAAAUGGUAAUGAUAAAUCAACUGAAGAACAAGUUGAAAAAUUAUCUGAAGAUUUCAUGAAUUCAAUGGGUAUAACUUCAACUUCAAAUGAUAAAAAUGAAGUUGUUGAAGAAAAUACUGAAGAAGCUCAAAUUGAUACUUCAAAUGCAUUUGGAAUCUCAACUACUUCAACUACAAAUGAAGAAGAUGUAUCAAAAGAAUCAGAUGUCAACCAAGUUACAACUUCAUCUACUGAUAUUCCAAAAGAUCCUGAAUUUUAUGAUUCAGAUUCAUCAUCUGAAGCUUUAGAUAUUAUAGUCUCUAAACCUGAACCACAUCCAUAUACACCAUCAAGAUCAUCAUCUGAAGAAUAUACAUCAAGAGUAAAUGGUGGGAAGAAAAAUCAAAGACGUCCAAAGAGAAGAGAACCAUAUUCACCAGCAAUGUCAUCACGUUUAUCAAGUGCAUCAUUAAAUUCAUUAGGAUAUUAUCCUUAUGAACCUGAAACUUAUGUUUAUAAACAAGUUCCAUUUGCUCCACCACCACCACCAUCAGGACUACAACGUUCAUUUAGUAAUGUAUCAAGAGGUUCAUCAAGAACAAAUUUGUCUAAUUUUGGUACUCCAAGACAACAACAUCCACAUUUACAACACAACCAACAUCAACAACAACAUUAUGUAAAUGGGUUCACAACUUCAGGUUCUCAAGUUAUGGCACAAUAUUUAGCACAAUCACAACAUGCUAAUAUGAUAUAUGCAGCUAAUGUUUUAAACACAACUGAUGAUUAUGGAUAUGAAGAUGAUAAUGCUGGUUAUUAUCAUCCAGGUUAUAAUGGAAGAGGAGGUUAUAGAAGAAGAUGA